AUGAAGGUUACAGACGUUCAGACCGCCUUCGCGUCGGCGGUUGUGCUUCUCUCGCUGCCCGCCGGCACAGUCGCCUCAUCUCAUCGAAGAAUUCACCAGCUUCCCAACAAGAAACACACCCAUUUGCGUUCUCACGCUGUUGAGGAUGCCGACUCCAUUGUCAAGCGAGGACAAUGCGCGUUCCCGACUGAUGAUCCUAACCUCGUUGCUGUCACCCCCGAUGAGCAGAAUGCCGGCUGGGCUAUGAGCCCGGAUCAGCCUUGUAAACCGGGAAGCUACUGUCCGAUUGCCUGUAAGCCAGGCAUGGUUAUGGCACAAUGGGAUCCCGAUUCCUCAUACACUUACCCAGCUUCAAUGAAUGGAGGACUGUUCUGCGAUAAAAGCGGCACUGUCCACAAGCCUUUCCCCAAUAAGCCUUACUGUGUUGAGGGUACCGGCUCUGUCGUAGCUGUCAAUAACUGUGGUGAAUCGAUGUCUUGGUGCCAGACAGUUCUGCCCGGUAACGAGGCGAUGCUUAUCCCUACUGAGGUCUCAUCUUCUGCUACCUUGGCUGUUCCUGAUACUAGCUACUGGUGUUCCACUGCCGCUCACUACUAUAUCAACCCUCCCGGAAGUACCGCUGCGGACUGUGUUUGGGGAACCUCAAGCAAGCCAGUUGGCAACUGGUCUCCCUAUGUUGCCGGAGCCAACACUGACUCCAAUGGCGAAACUUUUGUCAAGAUUGGCUGGAACCCCAUCUACACAGGCUCUUCUUUGAUGAGCACCCUGCCCACCUUCGGCGUCAAGAUUGAAUGCCCUGACGGUGGCUGCAACGGGCUGCCCUGUUCGAUCUCACCCAACUCCUCUGGUGACGUCGACAGCAAGGAGUCUGCCGUUGGCGCUGGUGGCGCGUCAUUCUGCGUUGUCACUGUUCCCAAGGGCGGUACUGCUAACAUUGUGACUUUUAACACUGAUGGCAGCUCCGGCUCCGGCUCCGGCUCCGGCUCCGACUCUGAGUCCUCGUCUUCCUCAUCUGCCGAGCCAAGCUCUACCAUUGCCGAGCUCAAGGCCGGUGGCUUUGCCGCCCAGGCAGAAAAGGCCACAUCGACUACCGCCGCCGCAUCAUCCACUGAGGUAUCCUCCACCGUGCCAGCCUCAACAGAGGCAUCAACAACCGCGGCAGCUUCUACCACGGCUGCGGAGUCGACGACAGUACACACCACCGAAGCCACAACCGCCGCUACCUCGGUUGCGAGCGAGACCGCCGUUAGCUCCACAACCGCCAAGGCCUCUUCGAAAACCGCGACUUUUGCUCACGCUCGUCCGUCGGUGAACCCCGGCAUGUUCCACGAGAACGGCACAUCAUCCCAGACCACAGCGGCACCCGUUGGACCUUCACAAACCCAGGCUGACUCUGCUCCGGUUACUACGACUACUAAGAAGGGCGAAGCUGGCCGCCAGCAGGGCAGCCCUGCUUUUGCAGGCCUAAUUGUUGCCUUUGUUGCCGCUGCUUGUUUCUUUUAA